UGCCCGGAUCCGGAUCCGCAAGAGAUCGACUUGUUGCUGGAAUAUUGCCAGGUCGCCUCUUGUUCUGUCCUCUCAGCUUUGAGUCGAUUUUUCCGGAGCCGCCGCCUGUUAUCAUUGAACGAUUUCGUCGCCAUCCAAUGACUUGCGCUUGAGGACCAUCCCCGGUCGCACUCCACUCUUCUGGUUCAUCUCGUGGGGUCGGCUUGUUACAGCAACAGUCAGCGUGGAAGGAUGCCUUACACACCGCCGUCUCAGCGAUCACCGGCGUCUUCGGGCCCGUCAUCGCCCGAAGGGAGUCGUCGCCCAUCAUUCCAUCAACCAAGCAGUUCCAGCUCACGACCCGCUCUGCCUCGUUCAGCAUCAUACCUCACAAGGCAUCGGCGCACGCCCGCGGCCACGCAACCCGCUGCGGGCCAGCCAUCGCCGGAGUCAGCCUCUGAGGAUCUGAAGAGCAUGAUGGCGAGCAGCAGCGUGCGGCAGUCUCCACCCCCAAUCACCGGCGUCAGUGGGAUGCCAAACGGCGCGAUAAUGUCGCCACCCGAUUCUGCUAGUGACGAUGACGACUUGCCACAGGUUCGCAGCCGGCGGGUCGAGAACCUGAAGGAACUUCACGAGGCUGUCAGUCAGAUUCCUCAGCAGAGGGCACGGUUAACUCCCAAUGGCGGGAGCCCCGAACAGGAUCGCGCCGAUGCUGGAGACUUGCUAGUCCUACCCUCCCAAGCAACUGCUCUCGCCGAGGGCAUGCAUCACAGCUUCAGCACCGGGUCGCUCGACGAGCUCAAGAUGGGUGAUAAUCGUCGGUUCACUCAUUCGAGGUCGGCGACGGAACCACACGUCUCGAUCGGCAGGUCCACGGGCAGCUCGACUACCGGCUCGGACGAAGAAUCUGAUGAAGGGAGCCAGCAGAAGCCGCAAAUGGUGCGGAAGAAGUCUGGUGAACUCGUCAGACCCGCCCUGCGCCCCGCGUCCCGGCGGCGACCGUCGAGUAUGCCGGGGACGCCAACCUUCUCCAAGGUAGUGCACUUUGACGCUCACCUUGAGCAUGUCAGGCACUUCCUCCAGGUCGACAGGCCUCUUGCUGUGAGUGCAGGUUCCUCGCCGGUCGACAGUUACGACAGCGACACCGAGUAUCCGUUUUCGAGCGACGGACGAUCAACGACCCGCUCCCCACCUUUUGAGUGGGAAAUCAUCAUGACAAACUUCCCCGUCGACACGCCGGUGCGCAAGGCACAGAUGGUGCGUUUGGAAAAGGUGUGGCUGUCGACCGAUCAGAAGUCACUUGUCGGAUCGGUCGCGGUGGCCAACUUGGCCUUCCAGAAGUUCGUCGCAUGCCGCUUUACGCUCGACUACUGGAAGACCACAUCCGAAGUCGCUGCCGAGUACGUCGGCGAAGCAGUCCGUCCUGUCGACACCGACACGCCUUACACCCAGGAUCGGUUUAACUUCAGCAUCAAGCUAUCUGACCUGGCCAACCUCGAGACCAAGACGCUGUACUUCUGCAUCCGUUAUGUAGUGAACGGGCAGGAGUACUGGGACAACAACAACAGCACCAACUUCCAGAUCGACUUCCGGAAGAAGUUCCUUCCACAGAACGGAAAGAAGGGUGCCGCUGGCGCAGCGACUCGUUCCUUCAACGGGCUCCCCAAGAGCAACCGUCGUUCGGGACAGAAGUCCAAGCCAUCGUCGUCAGCGUCGGAUGAGUUCGGUGACUGCCAGAAGCUGAAUUUUGACAAGUCGAUCCACGACUACCUCGGGGAAACUUCAGGCCCAACGGGCUUGAGGCUCAAGGCUGUGAAGAGCGCCGGCGAUCUCCCCAGCGACAACCCCUCCAAGGGAUUGUUGGGCCCUAGCGGCCAGUUUGCUUCUCGGUAUGACUUUGGCGACUCGCUGAGCAAAGCUAUCCAGAACGCCAAGGGUGAGAUGGCUGGAAGAUCCGAAGGACUCUACAUGAAGUCCAGGAAGAAGGCUGGUUCCCCGACUUCCGCGGAGACAGGGGCCGAAAAAGAGAAGGCACAAGCACCGGAUCCCACAGGGCCGUCAACAACAACCGCUGGAGCACCAAUCACGUCGCCUGCUGAAUCGCCGAGUGCCAUCAUCUCAUCCGCCUCGUACGAAGAAAUCGUCAGCAAGUGGUGCUUUUACGGUUCCAAACCGAGAGGCCAAUCAUCCAAGCCCAGGGAUGGCCCUUUUGAAGGCGCCGACGACACCAGCAGCAGCAGGACGGCGAGCUACUUGGAAGUCCGCUGGGCAACUACUACCAGCGGUACAGCAGCACCCGGCACCAGAUGCCACGCCCACGGGACCAAAGCGCGUACUUUACGCACGUUCUCGUUCUAGGCGGCAUGGGACACGCGCCGGCCGAAACUCCUCUCGGACAGUCAGCAAGCUCGCCGUCAGGCGAGUCCACCGGUACCGCGGCUCAGCAGCAGACAGCUGCGACG